AUGGGUUCCGUGCCAGCACAAAAGACAAUGCGGGCACAGCAAUACGACGCGCGAGACAACAAAUUGCACCUAAACGAAGUCCCCUUACCCUCACCACGCGAUCAUGAAAUCCUCGUAAAGAUCGCUUGCGCCUCACUCUGCCACUCCGACGUUAUGCUCUUCGAGCCCAACGAUCAAGGCCUCAUCCUCGGCAAGAACCCAGUCACCAUCGGUCACGAAGCCACUGGCACAGUAGCUGCCACUGGCGCAGGAGAGGUGGCUAGCAGGUUCCAAGAAGGCGAUGCAGUGGGGUUCAUUUGUGCGAUCGAGUGUUGCUUUGAUUGCUAUGCCUGUAAGAAUGUGCAUAAUGCGUGGUGUGAGACUGGAAAGGUGAAGAUGCAGGGGUUUGGGGAGGAUGGAUAUUUUGCGGAAUAUGCGGUGAUCGAUGCUAGGGAGGCGAUGGUGUUGCCUGAGAGCUUGGACCCCAAAUCUUCAGCACCCCUCUUCUGCGCUGGCGUAACAGCGUAUCACGGUAUCGCGGACUGCGAACUCAGGCCAGGCGCAUGGCUUGCCAUUAUCGGCUGCGGUGGUCUCGGCCACAUGGGUAUUCAGUACGCAAAAGCCAUGGGCUACAAUGUCAUUGGCAUCGAUAUCACAGAAGCAGCAAUUGAGGAGGCCAAGAACUGCGGCGCAGACCAUGUCUUCAACUCUCUGGCGGAUAAGGAGUAUCAGAAGAAGAUCAUCGAUCUCACUGGCGGAGGUGUCCACGCAGCCGUAAACUUCACAGCUUCCAAGAAGUCAUACGAUGACUGCCCGGCGAUAGUGAAGCCCGGUGAGGGUUUGAUCAUGGUGGUUGGGAUUCCACGGCAGCCGCUGCAGUUCAAUGCUUUGGAUAUUGCGCUGGGGCGGUAUCGCAUCAAGGGAUCGAACAACGGAACCUGCUACAAUAUGAAGCCUGCGAUUGAGUUUUCGGCAAAACACAAUAUCAAGCCUCAUAUGACGGCUUUCAAACUCGAGGAGCUUCCAAAGAUGAUUGAGUUGAUGAAUGCGCAUAAGGUUCAGGGGCGGCUAGGUGUUGUGUUUGACUGA